AUGGCAGCGGUCUACUCGGAGCCAAUCUACGUCCACUCGAACCCAGCAGCCACUGUCUUGAGCGAAGCACGACCGACACGACUCUCACCCGCAGCCCUUGCCUCCCUCAAUUACCUCUCCGACGAGCUCUUGCACCUCAUCGUCCAUGCCGCCCUUCACUCUGCGCCGAUCGAAACCACGCCGAACGGAGACGCUCACCCAGUCGCCAACGCUCCCGUCCCGCUCGAGGAGGACGAAGUCCUGACAACCGAACGCUUCAAGAGCGCCCUCGCCCGCAUCCUCGGCCCGACCUCUCUCGCAAAGGAAUGCAUCCUCGAAGCCGAGUUGGCAGUGAGGGAACUCGUACGACGCGCGAGUCCGAGCUUGCGAGCAGACGGCGCGCUGAAGAAGACGAGCGGUCGAGGAAUCUGGGGAAGUCCCGUCCUUCCCGAGACGGCUUCUCUUCCCGGUCCUGCGGCGGGAGAAACGAAGGACUCGUUGCGUGAGAAAGUCGCGAAGCAGGCGGUCGAGGUGUUUCGGUGCCUGCGAGCGUGGGUCAUGCAGGUUUCGGGCGUCGGCGCCGCUGCUCCUCUUUCCGGCGCACCCGCGUCUCUCACACAACACCUCGUCGCGCUCUCUCCGCCCAAACCGCCACCCUCCUCCGCCCGCUCUCCACACAUCUCGUUCCUCCUCGCCCUCUACGUCGAGCGAAUCCUCACCCACCUCUCGACCCACAUCCUCCGCCUCGUCGCCUCAUCCGCCUCGUCCCGUCCCUCAUCCGACACCGAAGCAACAGCGACCGUAACGGACCUCGAGGCCGCUUUAGUGCAGGACCAACUGGUCUGGAACUGGGUGCAAGGAAUGCGUGUCAGGGCUUUCAUCGAGCAGGAAGGGAAGAAUGAGCGGGCUAGGUCGAGGAACGGAGGGAUGGGGAGGCGGAAGAGCACGAACUCGUCGAACGUCGCUUCGCCUGUCUCGUCGAACGCGGGAGGAGUUCCCCUUCCGAAUGUUGGGACGCCGGAACGGAGACCGUCGCUGGCGGGCUCGACGGCUGUUCCGUCGACGAUUGAGAAGCGGAGAACGAGCUUUGCGUCGACUGCUGUCAACUCGUCGAAUGGAGCGAAGGCAGGGAUGGGCUUGGGAAUCGGCACGAGGGCGAACGGAGCCGUGAAGGCUGCGGCUUUGGACGAGGACUCGUUCGAUCAGCUGUUGAACAGCGGCAAGACGAUCAAGUUGUCGAGCACUCCGGACCGGCUACGAUUCGAGCAGAACAAGCGAAUGUCGGGCUCACAGUCGAUGUCUGCGCUCUUCAACUCGACCGACUCUCCCUCGCGCCAUCUCAAAGCCCGCGCGCCUCAAUUCGGCGGCAUCCUCAGCGAAGACAGCGGGGCGGGGCAACCCGUCGACGGCCGGGACCGUCCUUCCGGUUCACGUAAGGACUCGCUCAUCGAUGUGCUCAACUCGCCUCCGCCUUGGUCGAACGGCGACGCAACAGCUUCUCGCCGCCAGUCAAUCGUGCCGAAGCGACCAAUUCCGCAGGAUGACCCCCUGCACCCAGUCAGCGUCGCUAUGCGUGUGCAAGGCUCGCAAAACUCGGUCUCGACGGUGGACAGCGCAGCGAGCGAGGCUAUCGACGGAGAAGACGCGUUGGCAAGUCCGGGCGCGAGAACGCGGGCACUCAAGGCCAAAGACGAGCGGCGGGAUCUGGCGAGCGAGCGACAGAUCAACAACGACUUGAUGGCCUUCUUCGCCGUCGAGCCGCCUUCGCUUCCUCGACCGAUGAGCACCAUCGACCCUCGACCUUCGUUCGACGACUCGCCUUCGAAGGACAAGUCGGCUGCAUCGAAAAAGUCCCGAGGGGGCUUACGGGGACUCGUUUCGCGGGUCACAGGCGGGUCGAGCGGGAGCGGCAAGAAGGAGGACUCGGCAGGGCCGGUCUCGCCGACGUCUCCUCCGCCCAACUCGCCUCCUCCGCCUUCGUACCGCUCGCGCGCCGGAUCACCUCCUCAUCGCGCUUCUCGCAUGCACUCCAUCGACGGCGGCGAGUCGAGCAACGCGCGGACGGCGUUCCGAGCAGCGGGCUUCAGCGACUCGAUCGCUCGAGCAGCUACCAAGUACACGCCUCCGCCUGGCCUCGGAGCGCCAUCUGCUCGCGACGCGAGGCAGUCAAGGAGGAGCAUGAGCGUGCCGACGGUCGAGCAGCCUUCCGUCCCGCCCUACUCGUCGCCACCCCCGCCGGCAUCGGCGCAGAAGCAGCGGAACCGAUCGCCUCGUCUGCCGCAGAACGGCACCAGCAGCGCCGAGGCGAGCGCGAGCGAGGACAGUCACAACUCGCGCCUCGCGCCGCCCAUACCCAUCGUCGACGCGGCUCCGGUCGUCACGCCACCUCGACGCAGCUCGUCUCUCAAGCGGUCUCGCCGCGAGCGCGAGACGUCUGGCGCUUCGAGCUCGACAGUUUCGACGACUCGCGCACUUCCUGCGGUCGAGACGACCGCCCCGCCUGUUACGGUCGAGCCCCUUGUGACAACCGCCUCGGCUACGGGUGCCGCCGCCCCGCCCGCGCAGAGCUCAGCGUCUUCCAAAGCGGCGGUUGCGCAGGUUGCGGCAGCAGCUGCUCUUGCUCCCAUUGUAGCGGACGCAGCAGCGCACGAGCUCCGCCUCGACCACCAGCACGCCCAGCCCUCGACGAACCCUCCUCCGUCUCUCACUCCCGUCGCCGAAGCCGCUGCUUCUCCUACAACACCCUCCGCGGCGCUCACUCCAUCCAAUGCACGCCCUUCCCCCGCUCGACCGACUAGCUCCUCUGGCCUCUCCGGCAAAUCGCUCGUCUCGCAUUUGCGUGAGCUCCGCUCAGCGAUGCUGGCGUACGCGCAUAGCAAGGAGGACUGCGUCGAGCUCGUGGAGGCGAUGUUGCGGGACGAGGCGAGGCGUGUUGAAAAGCUUGCGCAGAGGGAGAGGGAGGAGACGUUGGCAAGGGAGAGGGGUGGGGAUGUUGAUGGCGUGCAGGAGGCGGUGGCUGAUUUCGCUGCUGUCGCUCCCAGCCGGCCGGCAGAAAUCCUCCAGGCGGACGCAGCGAGGAGGUCCAGCGGCGAGCCGGACCGCGAGACAGACGAGGCGCCGAACGAGAUAGAAGACGCCGAGACGCACCAAGCACGCCUCGCAGAGUACUUCUUGACCUGCGACGGCCAGUCGAGCAAGCCGGAGGACAAGACGGCCGCCACGGGUGCCGACCAGGUCGCCGACAACUCUGCUCAGGCGCAACCCGCAGUCACGGUACACCCGCCUUCUGUCACGCCAGCGCCGUCUUCUUUGGUGUCAACUCUGGCGAGCGGACUCGUCUUGCGGCCAGCGAAAGGUGAGGCGACGGCGUAG